AUGAUUAUACUGGAGAUUGAGCCUGGAACCGAUGGCGUAUUGGGUGUAGAUCCAUAUACCAAUAUUGUCAAUGACAUUAAUCACGUAAAUGAGGCAGAGAGAAAUGCAAAGAUUGUUGACGAUUUUUUGACUCCAACAACAGAGCUUAAUUGGGAACUACUCAACCUUUUACUGGCAGGAGAUGAAUCAGUGGAUAACGACAAGAGUGAAAUUGUCGAUCGAUUGGUCACUAAUCCCACGAGUCUCAAUCGCACCAAGUACAGGUUCAAGAGAACAGGGAUAGAUGGACAGAUAUCUGGGUACCAAGAGGAAGUAGACUUGAAGGAGACCAAUUUUUCUGCUUCAACAUCUUUGAGCGUGAACAGGGACUAUACAUCCAAGAGUCAGAGCUUGCGAGGAGAAACGGGGUUUCUUCCAUUUCAACCGGGCGGAUUGAUACAGCAGGCUUCGCAAGAUCGGGAGAUUAAAGACUCAACACUGAAUCUUCAUCGCAGCGAGUACGGUUUAUUUGACAUACCUCCCGGAUUUAGCAGAGGAGUGAACUUAAGUUCAAAGUCUGGUUUAAAUGGUGAAAAAAACGAUGGUGAUAAAUCGCUGGUUUUGUUCAAUAUGGAUUCUAGUGAAGUGGAUGGCUCAGAAGUGGAUGAUCUUUCGGAUGGUACCCUCCAGACACGUACGUUUGCAAAACCGGAUGUACAGGUGCCAGAGUCGUCUGAAUCCACGGCUAAGGUUCCAUUCAAUGCUGACGAAGUCGAGGGGCUUGUUCCUUUUGAUUUCUCUACUUUUGGACUUGAAAAGAAGAAAGUUUCAGACAAACGAACUUGGGCUCACGUGGUGGACCUCGAUCACAAGUUGGAGGAUUUCCAUGAACUUGUACCUAAUAUGGCACGGACAUGGCCAUUUGAGCUCGAUGUUUUCCAAAAGGAGGCAGUUUUCCAUUUGGAACAAGGUGACUCUGUUUUUGUUGCUGCGCAUACUUCUGCUGGUAAAACUGUGGUGGCUGAAUACGCCAUUGCAAUGGCAAAACGAAACAUGACAAAGUGUAUCUAUACCUCGCCAAUUAAAGCGUUGUCGAAUCAAAAAUUCAGAGACUUCAAGGAGACGUUUAAAGAUGUUGAUGUUGGAUUAAUCACAGGUGAUGUCCAGAUCAAUCCUGAUGCAAAUUGUUUGAUUAUGACUACAGAAAUCUUAAGGUCCAUGUUGUACAGAGGCGCCGACUUGAUCAGAGAUGUGGAGUUUGUCAUCUUUGACGAAGUUCAUUAUGUCAAUGACAUAGAUCGUGGUGUUGUUUGGGAAGAAGUAAUUAUUAUGUUGCCCGAUCAUGUCAAGUACAUCUUGCUUUCUGCAACUGUGCCCAACACUUUUGAGUUUGCCAACUGGGUCGGUCGAACGAAACAAAAAGAUAUUUAUGUUAUUUCGACUCCAAAGAGACCUGUGCCGCUUGAGAUAUACGUGUCAGCCAAGAAUAAGCUUUUCAAAGUCGUUGAUGCGAACCGAAGGUUUUUGGAGAACGAGUUUAAAGCACACAAAGAUGUAUUGGAAGCUGGAAAGGCCAAGAAGGAACUACCUUCAACUAGCAUGGGGCUGGGAAGUCGAGGUGGACCAGGAGGAACAGCACGUGGUGGAAAUCGUGGUGGAAGUCGAGGUGGAAGUCGAGGUGGAGGACAGAGAGGAGGGGUGCUUGCAAGCAAUCGAGGUAAUUUUUCCGGACCACGCCGUCAAGGAAACGAUGGACCAAAUAAGAACACUUGGCCAGAUCUCGUGCACUACUUAAAGCUGAAUUCGCUUUUACCUGCCGUCAUUUUCGUAUUCUCCAAGAAGAAAUGUGAAGAGUAUGCAGAUUCGCUUCGAGGUAUUGAUUUUUGUAACUCGAGGGAGAAAUCCGAGAUCCAUAUGUUCAUUGAUAGAGCUGUCAGUAGACUUAAAAAAGAAGAUCGUGAAUUACCUCAGAUCAUGAAAAUUCGUGAUAUGCUUAGUCGUGGUAUAGCAGUUCAUCACGGUGGUUUGCUUCCAAUUGUUAAGGAAUGUAUUGAAAUCUUAUUUGCAAAAACAUUGGUAAAAGUCUUGUUUGCAACUGAAACAUUUGCUAUGGGUUUGAACUUGCCAACCAGAACAGUUGUUUUCAGCUCUACCAGAAAACACGAUGGUAGAAGCUUUAGAAACUUGCUUCCAGGUGAAUUCACUCAAAUGUCGGGUCGUGCAGGUAGAAGAGGGCUCGAUAAAACAGGUACUGUUAUUAUUAUGGCUUACAACGACCCAUUGUCACCAACUGAUUUCAAGGAAGUUGCAUUAGGUGCACCAACAAAGUUGCUGUCGCAAUUUAGACUUACCUACAAUAUGAUUUUGAACUUGUUGAGGAUAGAAGCAUUGAAAGUGGAAGAAAUGAUUAAGCAUUCAUUUAGUGAAAACUCGUCUCAGGUCUUGUUACCUGAGAAUCAAAGGCGUUAUGACUAUUUGUUAGGUCAACUCAAGGAUACUGAGCUUCAGCAAUGUCUGAAGUGCCAAUUGCAAGGAGUAGAGGAAACUUGCCAACUAUUGUUUGAGUAUGAAAAUACAUAUGGCCAGUGUGUGGUGGAUAUUCACAAGUCGCCUAUUUUGAAGACCCAACUAUUGAAAACCGGAAGAUUGGUUUGUUUUAGAGACAAGAGCGAUAUAACGCGAGUAGGGUUUGUUAUGAAGUCGGAUAGCGCGACCGAUAGCAUUUUGUUGCUAACAUUCAACCAUGGUAAGGAGUACGAGGCAGCAGCAGAAAAAUUCAAGUUGCCGUAUGUCCCCAUUCCAGGUUACUUGCAAAGAGUUUUUCCCAAGAUUAGAUACAAUGAAGGUCUUAAAGCAGUCACGGUGCCUUAUGAGCAUGUUAUAUUUAUUGGUCGUUACUCUUUGAAAACUCCUAUGUUUGAAGUUUUGGAUAACAAGCAGGAGGCAGUAAAGGAGGCUGGUAAUCAAAUAGGAAUAAUUUCGAGGCUUCAAAACCAUUUCGAAGAAUCAGCAUUCAAACAUACUAAACAGCUUACUUUGCAUGAUCUUUGUGUUCAAAAGGAUUCCAUCUUGACCGAUAUAAAUGAUUUACAUGCUUUUACUUGUCCUGACUUUAAGCAGCAUUAUAACGAGUAUAGAAAGCGGUACCUUAUCAAUAAAGAGAUUGAAGGUCUUCAAAGGUUGAUAUCGGAUGAGAAUUUGGACCUUUUACCCGACUAUGAGCAAAGACUUGAUGUUUUGAUGACCCUUGGAUUUAUUGAUCCACAACACAAUGUUGUUUUGAAAGGACGGGUUGCUUGCGAAAUCAACUCCGGAUGGGAAUUAAUCUUAACUGAGCUUGUUCUUGACAAUUUCCUUGGAGACUUUGAGCCCGCAGAGAUUGUCGCAUUGCUCUCAUGUUUUGUCUAUGAAGGGCGCACACGAGAGGAAGAGCCUCCUUUAAUCACACCAAGAUUAGAGGAGGGCAAGUCCAAGAUUCUCAAGAUUGCUGAUCAACUUCUUAAGGUGUUUAUAGAAAAAAGAGUGUUGCUCACUUCUGAGGAGGAAGAUUUUGUAGAGAGCAAGCGGUUUGCAUUGGUUAAUGUUGUUUACGAAUGGGCAAAUGGACUAAGUUUCAAUGAGAUUAUGCAAAUGAGUGUUGAAGCAGAGGGAACCAUUGUUCGAGUUAUUACCAGGUUAGACGAAAUCUGCAGAGAAGUGAAGAAUGCAGCAUUGAUUAUUGGUGACUCCAAAUUGCAUUUAAAGAUGGCCGAGGCUCAAGAGAAGAUUAAGCGGGAUAUAGUUUUCUGUGCAUCCUUAUAUUUGUAG